AUGGGCCCGGUCGGCUUCUGCCUUGCACAGGAAGAUGAAGGCCCGACAGUCAAUCUCCCGGGCUCUCAAGUACUAGGCAUACUCACUGAUGGCGUCGAUUCUUUCUACGGUAUGCCUUAUGCGGAAUCUCCAGCUGGCCGUAACCGCCUGAAAAGGCCCGUGAAGAGAACAAGGCCGUUGGGAGAGUUUGAUGCCACCACAAUCGCACCAGCAUGCCCUCAGGGCCACUUCGGGGCAGUCAAAUUGGAUGAACCAUGGCACAAGAGGACUCUCAACGUCGAUAACGUCGAUAACGCCGAUACCAAUCUAGCAAGAUGGGAUGCAGCCAAUCCCGUACAAACUGCAGAGGACUGCUUGACUAUUACAGUCCAGCGCCCAGCAGGGACCAAGGCCGGGGAUAAUUUGCCAGUUCUAUUCAUGCUCGCUGGUUACAGUUUUGUCAUGGGGACGCCGUACAGGUACAACGUGACCAGCUUCAUCAAGUUUGGCGUUGAGAUCGAGCAGCCAUUCGUGCUUGUGACUGCCAACUACCGGACGGGCCCUUGGGGCUUUCUGCCCGGUGACAAGAUGAUGAAGAACGGAUCUUCUAAUCUGGGCCUCCGUGACCAGAGAAUGAGUAUGGAAUGGGCAUCGGAUAAUAUUGCGGCUUUUGGUGGCGAUCCGGAUAAGAUUGUACUCUGGGGACAUGCGUCCGGUGGCGUCUCGGUCUUUGACCAUCUGGUAAUAAGUGGAGGCAACGCAACAUACAAGGACAAGAAACUCUUCCGCGGUGCCAUCAUGAGUUCUGGGAGUUUCCUGCCUGCAGAGUCUAUUAAUUCGAAAAAGUGCAAUGAAAUAUAUUCAAAGGUCGCCGGGGCUCUGGAAUAUCCAAUGCGUCACGAUCUUCCUUUUUACAAGGACUCGAUGGAAGCCUUGCGCGCGGCACCCUAUUCGGAUUUUGUACGGGCAGCCAGUUCCAUCCGCGGCGCUCUCAGUGCAGAGGCCAUGAGGUUGGUAUAUGUUCCUCGACCUGACAAUGAUUUGAUCCGACAUAGUCACGAGGUGCUUCUCAAGGAUAAUAUGUUUGUCCCAGUACCCAUGAUCUUUGGCACUCAGGAAGACGAGGGCACGAUAUUUGCCCAGAAGCAGACAUCAGUCAACAACACAAGGAGAAUGAUAAAGUAUCUUCGGGGGCACUACUUCCGCAACAUCAGCAACGGCCGUAUGGAAGAUUUUCUCAAAAACUACCACACGAAGGCUUUCCACGGUAGCCCGUACGGCACCGGAAGCGAAUUUGAGAACUGGGCCGGCCGAAAGCGCCUAUCAUCUGUCCUUGGCGAUGUCUUCUUCACCAUUCCUCGGCGUAUUGCAAUGUCAUUGAUUGCCUCUUCUCAGCCUGAGCUCCCUAUAUGGGGAUACCAAGCGGCAUACGAUUACGGGAACAAUGCCACCAGUGCUUGGGGCACUGCCCACGGCUCAUUUGAAGCCAUGGUUUUCGAGACAGACGAUUAUAUGUCUUCGUACGCAACUAGGACUACACGACGGUAUUUGCUCAACUUCUUGUACGACUUGGAUCCGAAUAAGAGACAUCUCGAACUUGCGGCAUGGCCCAAGUGGACGGUUGAGGAGCCCCGGUUGCUAAAAUUCAACAAGUCGGGGCAUUCUAUUUUGCUGGAAGGGGGAGGAGAGAGGGGCUACACAUUCAUGAAACGGCGUUUAGGGAUGUUUCGAAUUUAG